AUGGUUGAAGGAAUAUUGUCCAAGGCAUUUUGGGUUGUUUAUGCCACAGUAUUUGCAGCUGCAACGGUGGUUUACGGGCAACAAGUUCCAUGUUACUUCAUCUUCGGAGAUUCAACUUUCGAUAGUGGUAACAAUAAUAACUUGCAAUCUAAGGCAAAAGUUAACUAUUCACCUUACGGUAUAGACUUUCCCGAAGGCCCGACCGGCAGGGAUUUUAUUCCACCAUUCGCCGGAGCAUCACCCAAACAAGCACACAUAGGGAUGAACUAUGCUUCUGGUGGAGGCGGACUUCGUAAAGAAACUAGUAAACAUUUGGGUGGACGAAUCAGUCUAAGAAAGCAAAUACAAAACCACAAGAAGGCGAUAAAGAAAGCAAAGGUGCCAGUACAAAGACUGGAACAAUGUCUCUAUACAAUCAACAUCGGAAGCAACGAUUACAUCAACAACUACUUCAUGUCAGAACUGUACAACACGAGUAGCCUUUUUGACCCUAAUGAAUAUGCAUAUUCUCUCAACCGACUCUAUCGUACUCACUUGAAGAGGUUACACAGUCUAGGAGCGAGAAAGAUAGCACUUUUCUCGAUCAGUCUGAUAGGUUGCACACCAAAGAUGAUUGUGUCCCAUGGUGGCGGCCAAGGUUGCGCGAAAGAUGUGAACGCUGCCGUGGCAAUCUUCAAUAAUAACCUAAAAGACCUUGUAAAUGAUUUCAACAAAAAUUUCAAAGGUGCUGAGUUCACCUACGUCGAUAUUUUCUCUGCUGGAGAUCCCUUAGCUUUCGCUCGUUUAGGAUUUAAGGUUGGAGACAAGGGUUGUUGUACAUUAUCUCCCGGGGAAGAACUUUGUGUACCAAACAAACCGGUUUGUGCAAACCGGUCUGAGUAUCUCUUUUGGGAUGAUAUUCACAGCUCUGAAGCCACCAAUAAGAUGGCGGCUAUAGGCUCGUUUUAUGGACCUCUAG